AGAGAGAGAGAGAGAGAGAGAGAGAGAGAGAGAGAGACUAGCUCUGUUUCUCAGGUGGACUCUAACGGAAGCGGAAGUCAGCCCUGGCUUCUGGGAGUCUCAGCUUCCAAUCGUCUCCUCCAUCCAUCUCUCCAUCCAUCCACCCACUUUCCCAAAGGCAUUGUAGGUAACACACCAGGUACCAUGACCCAGUCAAUGAUACGUAGAACCCUUAAAAAUCUUGUCCAGAAUUUCUCUGAGGCCGAGGUCAAGGUGAGAGAGGCGACCUCUAAUGACCCAUGGGGUCCAUCCAGCUCUCAGAUGGCAGACAUCUCAGACCUGACCUACAACGUGGUGGCAUGCAACGAAAUUCUGGGAAUGUUGUGGAAGCGUCUGAACGAUGACAAAAACUGGAGGCAUGUUUACAAGUCUUUAACACUACUAGAGUAUCUGCUGAAAACCGGUUCUGACCGCAUUCCCAAGCAGAGUCAGGAGAACAUUCACCUCAUUAAACCUCUGGUCGAGUAUCGCUUCACGGACAAGGACGGGAAAGACCAGGGUGUGAACGUCAGGGAGAAAGCCAAGAUAGUGAUGUUACUCAUCCAAGACGAAGAGAAACGUAAAGAAGAGAGAGAGUUUGCCAUGAAGACUAAGACCAAACUGGCAACUGCCUCUUCAGAAGCCAGUGAGAAGCCAAAGACAGAGAUUCCCCCGUAUACCGGUCUGCCAUCAUUGGACAACAUCCCCUCUGUGGCAGAUCUGACAGCCAGCUUGGCAAAGAAGAAGGAAGAGAGGAGGAUACUCGAGGAAAAAAAGAAAGAAGAAGAGAGGCGUGCGAAGGAAGGUGACACCGAGCCUGACUUGUGGGAACAAGCAGCAACAGCAGCACCUCCAUCCAGCUCAGAUCCCUGGGGAGCUCCCGCUGAUGCUCCGAAAGCAAACGACCCUUGGAGAUCACCAACAAAUGACUCCCCAGAUUCAAAUACAGGUUCCAGCGAUCCUUGGGGCGAGUCAGGGGACAAAGUGAAAGAUGCUGACAUUCCUUCCAGCGAUCCAUGGGGUGCUUUGCCAGAUGAGAAGACAUCACCUCCUGCCCAAAACUGUCCUUGGGGUGAUUCAGAGGCGCCUACAGAAGACAAAGGUUUGGCUAUUGAUGACCCCUGGGGUACUUCAAAUGACUCUGUAGCAAACUCACAGCCAGCCAAGAUAGAUCCUUGGGGUGCUCCAGUGGAUUCUGUUGAAGAGUCGGCUCCUGCUGCAUCAGACCCCUGGGAGACCACUUCAGAGCUGCCGCUGGGCAAGUCGGAUCCAUGGGGUGGAGAUAACGGAGCUUCAGCGGCGUCAACCAGUGAUCCGUUUAGUGAAGGGCCCAAAGCUGAUAAGGACCCAUGGGGCACAGCAGUCUCUUCAACACUUCCAUCUAAUGACCCUUGGGGGGCUCCAGGGACUCCCACUGACGCUGCAGUAAACUCGGACCCCUUCGGUGACGGAGGACACGUUGAUGCCUGGGGAGCUGCUGCAGGGAGUGACAUUUCCUCGUCCAUGUCCACCGAAAGCUCCAAAAAGCCGGCGAGUUUCCUGGGGGACGGAGCGUCGCUGGUGGAUCUCGACUCUCUCAUGUAGAGAGGGACUUCACUUCCCUGAGGCUCUACUCCGGGGCAUUCAGAUUAGAUCAUGUUUUGUGGCUAGAUGUUAUCACUGUUUAGCUGUUAUUUAUCCUCUCCCCCUGUUCAUCAGCACUUCCUUCAUCCUUCAUUUCUACCCUUUCUGUUUGUUUCGUUUCGUGUAUUGUUUACCUGCACAUUCUCUUUGUUUUGUACUAAACCAGUGUUCCAGAAUUGCAGCACAUCACAUGACAAUAUUGUGAUGGUUUGAAUUUCUCCUGCAUGCCUAAACCCACCUGUAGCACCUCCAGCUUCGAAAACCACCUCAUUUUGUUUGCUUCGUGAUGUAAAGAGUGGUACAGCUCAGCACUGUAGGACAUCUUAACGAGGAAGGGCAGUUUACCACCCAGAAAGUUCUUUAGGAUCGGCGGUUAGAUUCGGACACCAGAACAAGUGAAAACUUCUAUUUCGGAGAUUCAUUUGUUUGUUUUUUAUCCAUACACCUCCACCUUCCACACAUGUUCUUGCUAAAUGCCGGCUCAGAGCCAUACGUAUAUGUGACAAUAUUUAAAAUCCAUACGCACUACAAUGCUUUCUGUGUAGCCUUUUCAUGGAGACUCGGUUUAUCGUUGUUUGGUCUUUUUUCAUCUACUGUUCUGUUCUGCCGUUAAUGACAUAUCUAACCAGAUAUAAAUAUUGGGGGCAAUAUUUGGGACACACACACACCUAAAGCUUUCCUGACUCACUUUCACAAUGUGCAGGUAGACACUGUUUACUACCUGCUUCAGAGCCACAAAUUAAAUCAGAACAGUGGAUUUCUGUCAUUUCCGUUUAGUGGAGGUUAGUGUAGAGAAUUAGUAGGAAAUGCAUCGCUGUGUGGUUUAUACAUGUUUUCGUAUCUUCUCUCACCUGAAAAUCCUCAACACGUCCAAUGUAAAACUGGGGCGGUGAUGUUCAGGGUCAGCUCAGUGUUCUUCGACCUUUGUGCGAUGUCCUAGAUCCAAAUCCUUGAGAUGAACAAGUAUGUUACAGCGCAACAUGACACAAAAUUUCACUGUUUCUACACUACAUAAAGGAACAAACAGGAAGAGAAAUAAAGCAGCUGGAACAGUUAAAAAAAAAAAAAAACCUUUUUCUUUCAGUUGCAUAUUUAUAUUGAUAUAUAUAUAUACUCUUUAAAAACUCUGUUUUAUAUAUCCACCCUAUUAAAAUGCACCGCUCAACUGGUGUUGCUAAAGAAAGUCUCAAAACCUGAUGUUGGCUGCAGAUCCUCAGGCUGGAAGCUUCGGUGCUUUAUAUAUCAUUAUACUUUAUCAUUAGAGCUGCAGAGUAACACUGAUUAAAAAUAUAUAUAAUCUGUGCAGUAAUCCGUGUCUCUUAGAGGAAAAAAAAUAUAGACUCGUGGCUCAGGCUGCUUCAUGAGACCAGAUUUGUCUUCAGUUUAUUUCUUUAGCAGAUGAAGGAGAGUUGAGGUCAGCGAUGGCUUCAGCUCUUAAUGGGCCUGUUUCUGUUGCACAAGAUGCCUCCUGUCCUAUGUAGGUUCCUCUAGCCAGAGUGCAGUGUACAGCAGGCUGUAUGGAGGUAUAGAGUUAAAUACAAUCUCAUAAAGUCAGCAUCUUUACACCAGACAAAUAUUUAAUGUUGUACUCGAAUGGAAAAACCAUCUGUAUGUUGUCUUUGAGACCAUCUAUCUAUCUACAUUCAUUUAUUUAUUUAUUUAUUUAUUUAUUUAUUUAGAAUAAGGCAUCAUUUCAUUUCACUCUUAUAAAACGAGUGCUCUGCUGUAAAUAGAAGUGGUAUUUUGGACAGUAAAUGAAUAUAUUUAUUCUAUUCUGAUUGUUGUUUCUCGUGAACGUGUACACUGGAAGAAUAAAAUAAACGAAAGUUGUGAA